AGAUAUUUCAUCAUUCAUCAUUCAUCAUCAUUAUGCUAAUUGUGGUACAUGAUCGCCCAAAAGAAGAGUAGAUGAUGUCCGUGUUACUAUCAUGGAAAAAUAAGCACAAGGGUAAGGGCUGAUAACAACAAAAUGACAGAGCGAUAGAGAAUGUGUCAUGUGAGUAAUGCUAAAGUGUUGUCUUGGCUGAACAAAAAUGUCGAUUUUUCUAAAAUUAAAAGUAUAAAAAUAACUUCACUUUGCUUAUUCUUCUUCUUCUUUCUUCAACAAUGAAGCUCUUAUUCAUCUUGAUCGCCUUCUUUUAUUUGACCUGUGCUAUUAUUGCAGCACCAUCACACUCAUGGAAUAAAAGACCUCAACAAUUCAAAAUGCAAGUUUAUUCGAGACCAUUUAGAAAGGGGACAGUACAAAACAUAAGAACAUACAUUGAAGGUUAGACACAUUCUUCACCAUGACUUUACAUAUAUCUUAUAAUAAUCAUAGGCUCAAAGAAACCAUUAUGCUGGAAUCUAUCAUCAAAACGAGUCGGCUCUUAUGAGGUGAAUGAUCCUCUAGUCAAAGUCACUCUUUAUCGAGUAAGUUUAUCCUUUAUUUUUAUUGGGCUUAUCUAACCUGUCUUUUGUUUGGCUGCAUUAGUUUUCGGAUUGUCAAGGCGCCCCUUCAGCCACUUUUCAAAAUUCUGCCCGCCCAAGAGACCAUGUGUUGAUCAAAGCCAGAUCAAUUUCCAUUACAAAAGUAAAGCCUGUUAUCUUACAAAAGCGUUCACGUAAAGAACUAUGAAAAAAAGUACUAUCCAUCUUAAUUGCAUCUACAUUCAUAAAUUAUCUAAUCCCUCUCUGUGUAAAUAAUAAAAACAUUCAUCACUCUAUUCCCACUUUUUUCUCUACCACUGACGUAUUUAGUGAAGUCAGUAUCCAUCUUUGUCUCCAU